UGCACUAAAGAAGAAACACUCACUCAAUGUGGUGAGUGUCAUGGCAGACCAGUCUGUUAGGAUGGUGACAGCCAUCGUGUUGCAGAGUGUCUUCUUCCUCUCAGGUGAUUCUGCUGAUUGUCCUGACUCUUCAGCUCUAUUCUUUACUGCACCGAAAAAGAUGGAAGCACUGACUGGAUCUUGUUUGAAAAUUCCGUGUAACUUCAGCGUUAAAUCAGGAUCAGGAUUCAACAGCGCAACAGAAAUCUUUGGAGUGUGGAUUAAAACUGACUACACACUUUCAGAUAAUGUGAUUUUCAACAGUAGUGGGACAGUUACCACAUAUCCCAUGAAUUUUACUGGAAACUUGAGUCAGAAAGACUGCACCACUUUAUUUUCCAGUUUAAAGACAAAUUACACAGACACAUACUACUUGAAGGUUGUGAACUGGCCAUAUCGAUCAACAGCUAUUUGUGAUUCUCUUCAAAUAACAGUUAAAGAUUCUCCUCCAAAGCCCAGCAUUGAGAUCCCAGGUGAUCUGAAGGAGAAGGAGUCUGUCUCUAUAAGCUGCUCAGCUUCCACUCCCUGUCCACACUCUCCUCCUCAACUCACCUGGAACCUCCAACCAGACUCUCACAACAUGAUGGAGGAAAACACAGAUGGAACCUUCACAAGUAAAAUCCAGAGGAAGAUCACUCUGUCACAUGAACAUGAUGGAUUCAUCAUCACCUGUUCUGCCAGAUAUCCUGUGAAUGAAGGAAAAGGUGUGAAGACGUCAGAGGAGACAAAGACUCUCAGUGUUUCAUAUGCUCCCAAGAACACCUCAGUGUCCAUCAGUCCAUCAGGUCUGGUGUCAGCAGGUAGCUGGGUGAACCUGACCUGCUCCAGCAGAGCCAAGCCUCCUGUGAGCCGCUUCACCUGGUUCAAGACCAGCAGAGAUGGACCAAUCAAAGUAUCUGAAGGAGCCUUUUACAGCUUUAAUGUCACUGAUGGAGGAGUUUAUUACUGUGUGGCCACCAAUCAGCUUGGUAAUCAAACAUCCUCAGAGAUCCAUCUGAGUAUUACAGGUGGAGUUGAUUAUCUACUAUUGGGUUCAGUUCUUAGAGGAAUCAUUGGGAUCAUCGUGCUCAUCGGCCUGGUUGUCUCUGUUUGCCGUUUGUUGCCGAUGUCACCACAUCCAACUGCACCUCAGAGUCAGAAUCAAACUGUUGGAGAGACAGUGACAACAGAAGAAGAAGGUGUCCACUGUGAAGAGGCCCUGCCGGGUCCCUGAGCAGGACAGUGGACAGCAGCAGGACACGCUGUAUGCGCAGGUCAAAGUGUCCCAGGCAGCAGACAACGUCACACGGACUGCUGACGUCCCCGAGGAUCUCUACGCUCAAGUGAAGACAAAAUGAGCCUUUUCCUCUGGUUACAUUUGUGUUGGAUUCUUCACAUGCUUUUUACAAACAUAACAAAAAACGAGCUUCAUCUGUUGAUUUAUGGAGAAAAAUAAUUGUGAGAAAAUGUAAUUUUUCACAGUUAAAGGGGAACUUCAAACCUCCACAGCCUGCAGUUUUAUACUUUUAACACCGUGAGGUUUGUGUUUAUCAGAUCAGUACAAAUUAAGGUCCCUUGGCUCUAAAUAGAGAAGUAUUCUAAAAGACAGCGCUCUUUAUAUAUCAACAUUUACAAUGAUGUUGACCUUUUUAUGUUUGCGGAAUUUGUGGAAUUUUCAAGGUUUCUCUAAACCUCCUUUAUUGAGCUAUUCAGAUCUUUUACAUCUUGUGCAUCAACCACAUUUUAUUGUACUAUUUCGUCUUUAAAAGACAAUCAUUUACUAAAUUUCAAGCCAUAUAUUCAUUGCAAGGUAAUAAAAACC